AAAAGUGUUCACUAGCUUACAAGUUCACGAGCUUUCGAGUGCCGCUGCAACUCUUUAUCACUUGAUAAAGAGUAAGAGUAAGUAAACUAAUCCUCCUGCUACUGGUGGUGGUAGUACUGAAACUAUUUCUAUUCCUUAUACUACUACGAGCUUAUACUUUAAAUACUUAUAAUUGUUAUACUACUACUGGCAAUGAUAUUGCUGCUACUAAUACUACUACUAUUACCUUAACAAGGAAUGAUAUCACCACUGUUUGGUUCUUGUUGAUACUGAUAAUAUAUACAUUCCUCACAUGCAGAGUAAUACUGUGUGUAGGCCAAUCAGUAAUAAGCAUUGUUCUAUCUCACUUAGAUCCAUACAUUAUUUCUCGGCUUUCAAGAGGAUCCGCAUGGACCUCUGAGUUCAUCUGCAUGUAAGCAUCUAGCCAGAUUUAUCUGCUGUCUACCCUGUCUUACAACCCUCACGAUCACUCGCAUUAACCUGCUACAUGAUGAUUUCUUCAUUGAUUUCGCAUCAAUGGCAGCAUCGUCAAAGAUCCAUACAUUAGUUCUCCGCUUUGGACGGUUUCUGCAUUUACCUAUGAGUUCAGCUGCAUGUAAGCAACUAGCCAGAUUUAUUUGCUGUCUACCCUGUCUUACAACCCUCACGAUCAAUCGCAUUAACCUGCUACAUGAUGAUUUCUUCAUUGAUUUCGCAUCAAUGGCAGCAUCGUCAAAUAUCCAUACAUUAGUUCUCCGCUUUGAAGAGGUUCCGGAUAGAACUCUGAGUUCAUCUGCUUGUAAGCAACUAGCCAGAUUUAUUUGCUGUCUACCCUGUCUUACAACCCUCACGAUCACUCGCAUUAACCUGCUACAUGAUGAUUUCUUCAUUGAUUUCGCUUCCAUGGCAGCAUCGUCAAAGAGUCCUUACUUCAUGGAAAGGAAACACAUCCCUUUAUUAGAUAAGUACUGGCCAAGAUGGAGAGAGCUUCAAUCGCCCGCUGAAAGUAGUUCAUCCGCUGCUUCUACUAACCAUUCUGAAGUUGAGCCAUCGCAGCACCAAGGGUCUCUUACUGGACUAACCAACCUUCCUCACCACCAACUAGAAGUAGCAACACUGGGUGAUUCUUCAAUAGGUAUUCACUCAGAUUCAGGGUCAAUGAACCCAUCGACAACCUAUCCACACCGGGCACAUACAGAGUCAAUCCGAUCCACUUCCGAACAAGUAGACUUGACCACAAGGCAACAUCUUGAUGAGUUCGAUCGUUAUCUUGAGUCAUAUCUAGCUGCCCAGAAUUUCACCCAUGUUCCUAGUCAUUCACUUGGACACUCUUCAGACUCGGAUACGAGACAACAGUAUAGCUCAUCAGUAAGAACCAACACUGCAGUACUCAAGAGACAAGAACAACCAACCCAAAUGGAACCUAAUAUAUUACUACCAUCAUCUUCAUCAUACAUCAAUUCACUAAUGUUGAUGCAUGAAAGAGGUUCCUCAAUUGGAAAUAAACCUCUUUUCGAGCACGAUGACGACCAUUGCAUGCCUUCAACGAGUGGUAUUACUUCCUUACCAUGCUUACAGAGAGCACACCCUACUGACACGGAUUCAAUCUCGAAUGAUCAUAUUCUUGAAAGUCGUGAUGACAUUGGAGAUGAUGAAGAUACAACUGCGGGGAGCGUGGAAAGAUAUCGUUACCCACUACAUUCGCACAGUAAGCGCAUCCACAGUGAAAGCAGCGACAACACUAAAGAUGAUAAGGAGGCAAGCGAGGAGAGCGUGGACUUGGUGGAUGCACGUCCAAGAAAGCGACGCGCUAAGACUGAUCGGGACCCAACGUCGCCUUAAGAUCUUCAGCAUGGAAGGACGAAGUAUAAUCAAAUAUCUUCAUGGCUGAGAUGUAUUGUUGUCAUAUCUUGAAUUUUUAGGACUACUUACAGAGACUUUGCAGAUCCUAUUUUCUUUUAAUUCCCCCAAUUAUUUAUUCAGUUUGAAUUCACUCAUAACCUUCAAGCAGUGGUUUACAUCUUUAUAUAUUUUCUGCAAAUUGAUUGGAUGGUUGCUUCAAAUAGCCGAUAUUACCGAUAUUGAUCCACUCAUCUGUCUGCAUUCUGCAACGCUAUAUUAUGAUGAAAUGAUCAAGCAUCAUUAACGAACUUCCUAUCCGACAAUAACUAACAUUCACACGAUUAUUGUUUCUUAACCUACAACACAUGCCCACUAUGCAAUCCAGUGUUCCCAUUACCAACAAAGUAAACAUUUUGCCUGGUUUCCAUCAGUGUUUUGGGAUAAUUACGGGAAACAAUGUAUACGACAGAGGCCGUGUCUGUUCGGUACCAAGCUAAAGUAAUAUUUCGAUCCAUGUCAUUGAAUAUAAUUAAAAGGUCUAAUUAAUGCACUUGUUACUUCCUUAAUAAGCUGUGUGCGCUAUGAGCGCCUAGCUUAGCCGGGUAAUAUAGGAGCGCCUUGAGCACCUAACAAGGUGGAUAUGUGCGCAAUAUAAUUACCAUAUAUAAUUGUUGUUAUUAUUAUUAUUAUUAUUAAUAAGAAAAAAGGAUGUAACCUGUAAUGCCUAAAGCUUUUCAUACGUCAUGUACGUUAUCUUCAGUACUGGAUCGUAAAAGAAAAUAUAUCGUGCUGUGACUAUUUCAAAUGGUUUUUGCCAAUGUGAGACUGGGAUGGGUUAUUGUAAGCACUUGGGAAGCUGUAGAGUUACUUUCCAAUUGUAUUUUCAUUCUUUAAAGCAAUUAUUACAUGAUUAAAUACGUUUACUCUACCUCAUAUUUUUCAGCGAUCUAUGCAACGAUGAAAUAUUGUACAUAUCGUAUGUAAUGUUCUUCUCUUGCCACGCUACCUCAAAGCAGCUGUCAAGUUCAGUGCAAUAACAAUAUGAUAUGCAAACACGGUCAGUACUAGAAUGUAUAUAAAUGUAUCAUGCUUCUAUAGUUUGAUGAAUUUUUGUAUGUGUAUAUAUUUUUGGUAAAUAAUGUAAUACAUACUUGCAAAGAAUAUCUUACACAAUAAUUGCUUCAUGUAAGCAAUGUUCUUAUUGGUAGUUUUAUCCUUCUUACAUGUUAAUGUGUUUGGAAAAUAAACAGCCACUAAUUUGAUAUGCAACGCGAUCAGCACUGGAGUGUACAGUACAUAUUUGUAUUGUUUGUUAUAUUUUGAUAAGCUUUUUCUAUGAGUAUGUACAUUUUUUUGUAAGUAAUGUGAUAACAUUCCUGCAGAGAAUAUCUUACACUAUAAUUUUUUUAUCUAAGAAAUUUAAUUAUUUGGGGAUUUGUAUCCUUCUUACAUUUAAAUGUGUUUGGAAAAUAAACAGUCACUUCUCUAAUACUGAUAGAUGCAUUUUUGGUUUGCAACAUUACUGUACUAUAUUGAUACUUACCUAUUAAACAGAGGCAUGAACAAUUGUGUACAUCAUUCGCCUAUACAUCUGUUUACCAAUGUUUCAUGUUUUGGGCUCUAGGCCAGUCCACUUUUUUUUAUUUGGUCAUUAUGUGGAAGUGACGUGAUAUGAAAGGCCUAUUUUGUAAUAAGCUUCUCUGCAUCCAGCCGGUAAUUGUUAUAAUCAUAUGAGUGAAGUUUUCUUUAAUAGUCUCGAUUUAAUUCUUUCUUGCAAACGUAAGAAUGAGUAUGACUGCUCAACAUAGGCAUGCAAAUUACGUGUUCGCGUUAUCUCUUAUUUGUAUAACAUUAUAUUGUUUCUAAAAACACAGUUUCUACUUAAAAUUGAAGUUCAUCAUUUCUUGCACUUCAUAAUGUUUGCAGUGAUUAAUUUGAUACAAAUCAUUUUACUCUUAGAAUAUUUCAUUCCAAAAAUCACUAUUAUUUCAUUAGGUUUUAGGUUUCAUAUGUAGCACCAAUUGUAAGAUAUAUCUAGCUUUCUGCAGUAUUACAUAUUAAUCUAUGAAACAUUCGGUUAGCACAUGGACCUAUUAUGCCCAUGGUUUACGUUUUAUUAUGCUGCGCUUUACUUUCGAAUAUGAAACUGUUCACUUAAUCAGGUGUUCAAUUCUAAUAUACAUGUACUAUCAUAAUCGCUUCAUUUUUUCCGAAAUGUAACACUUUCUUAAUUGUAAGAUUUUAACAGAGUAUUAUGAAUGAAUGGUUUUUGUAUAAAACAAUUGAUCCCCAUGUUUGCCAAACUGUUCUGAAAAAAAUGAUCAAAACAUGGAACAACGAUUUUGUAGGAAAUUAAAAAGCUGCAUUAUAGGUAUGGAUUUGGUUUUAACAGACACUACCAUGGACAAUGUUAUCUUUUUUAAACAUUUCAGUGUAUUACUGAAGAAUAAUAAAGCUCUGAAAUUCUAAUAAUGUGUGUAGUAUAAAAUAUAAUGGUGGCACCUAAUAUUGUGUUUGUAGUUCAUUACUGAAAAGUGUAAUAUAUUUCAUUGAUCUUUUGAUUUUGAUUAUAUUAUCAGAAUAUUUUGGUGUAUUAUGCUCGGAGUCGAGUUUUAUUGAAAACUGUAGUUGUGACUUGAACCCUUAGUUCUCGAAUAUUUCUUUAGACUGUAAUUACAUGUACGUCUUAAUAUAUUAUGUUUCGUGUGUACGGCAUUCAUUAAGCUUAUUUCAACCUAGAUUUUCAAAUUGAUGUCUCUAAUAUCGGGGAAUAAAAUUUUGCAUCUAAUUUGUAUUUGAAUGCCUUCUACUUGAGCACGUGCCUUGGUAUUCCAAUGUAUGUGUGCAGUCUGAAUAUCACAACUGAUAAUUCCUAGAGCCUUCUUUUCCCAAGUUACAUAUACGAGAACAUUGACCACCAGCUUUGCAGUGCCGGUUUAUAUAUAAUUGAACGCUGAAAUCAAUUAUGUUUUUCAGUGUUAAUGCGUACUCGACUUUAGAUACUAAGAAACACAACGUCCUUGAGCACUUGACUUGGGAUCAGUGUAUUGUUGGAAUUGCAAAUAACGACUUUGAGUUUAUGGCACCGUGAUAUUUUAUUGUAUAAAUAAAAAACAAUUCACCCUCAUCUUUUGAUAAUUGAAAUAUAUCUGGAGCUCUUAAUUAACAUGUACAUACACUGAAAUCGUUUAAACCUUACUUAGGGCGGAUGGCACCUAAACCAAAUCAAUUGCGAAUCCUUCAAACUACACAUAUUGAGUGGAUUAUGGAAUAAUCUGAUCUCCAUCCCAGAAUGCGAGAAAUUUUGAGAAGGAUGCGGAAAUAUUUGGAGGGUUCGAAUUGUUUUGAAAUGUUCAAAACAAGCCGAACACCCUCCUAAAUUGCUCCUGAAUGUGGUCACGACAUAUUUCCAUUUGGUCCAUAUUUUAUAUAUGGGAUGUAUUCGAACUAAAUUCGGUUGGAUUCUGGGAGGCAUUCGGUGUAUUCUGGUCAGUCAAUUCUGGAGAUACUGCUCUGAGUUGGGCCUAUUCGUCUUUGAUUUUGGAAACUUCCCGAAUCAGAUUCGAAGAGGUUCCGAAUCUAUCCGAAUUCGGCAAUACUUUGGCAGAAUCUGUCUGAAUUUAUUUCGGAGAAUUGGGUUUUGGUGUAACCACGGAUUUAGAGCUCCGGUGUCAGAGUCAAGGU